AUGGGAACGACAGCGUAUCCCGAUAAACAGCUGUUCCAGCCGCUUGGAACGGAAAACGCAAACGCGGUGAUGAAGCGAGGGUUACAGACGCGGCGGCCGGAGCACAAGAACGCGUAUGCGACGAUGAUGUAUAUGGGAACAGCAAGAGACUACGAGUUCUACGUUGCGACACGUGUCUUGAUAAGAUCACUCAAAGCCCUUCACGUCGACGCAGAUAUCGUCGUUAUCGCCUCCCUCGACGUUCCUCUCAACUGGAUUCAGGCCAUGGAAGAAGAGGACGGAGCUAAAGUAGUGAGAGUAGAGAAUCUUGAGAACCCAUACAAGAAACAAACCAACUUCGACAACAGAUUCAAGCUUAGUCUUAACAAGCUCUACGCUUGGUCUCUCUCUAACUAUGACCGUGUCGUGAUGCUCGAUGCCGACAAUCUCUUCCUCAAGAACACCGACGAGCUAUUCCAAUGCGGCCAAUUCUGUGCCGUCUUCAUCAACCCUUGCAUCUUCCACACUGGCCUCUUCGUGUUGCAGCCAUCAAUGGAUGUCUUCAAAGACAUGAUUCGUGAGCUUCAAGUAAAGAGAGAUAAUCCUGAUGGAGCUGAUCAAGGCUUUCUUGUCAGUUACUUCUCUGACUUGCUCAAUCAGCCUCUGUUUCGUCCUCCUGAUAACCGCACCACCUUGCUUACUGGACAUUUUAGGCUUCCUUUGGGAUAUCAAAUGGACGCUUCUUAUUACUACCUUAAACUUAGAUGGAACGUACCUUGUGGACCAAACAGUGUGAUCACGUUCCCAGGCGCAGUUUGGUUAAAGCCAUGGUACUGGUGGGCAUGGCCUGUUCUUCCUUUAGGCCUUUCAUGGCACCACCAACGCCGCUAUACUAUAAGUUAUUCCGCAGAGAUGCCUUGGGUCCUAAGCCAAGCAGUGUUAUACCUAGGGAUCAUACUAGUCACGCGACUAGCGAGACCUAGCUUCACCAAGCUAUGUUACCGACGUUCUGAUAAGAACUUAACCAUGAUCCAUACAGCUUUCAAGAUGGUUGCACUUCUCUUGAUCCUCUUAACUUACAUGAUACCAUUCUUCAUCAUCCCAAAGACGAUCCACCCGCUCAUCGGUUGGUCACUCUACUUGACCGGUUCCUUUGCUCUCUCCUCCAUACCCAUCAACGCCUUCUUGCUUCCGAUGCUCCCUAUCUUAACACCGUGGCUUGGCAUUCUCGGGACGCUCCUCGUGAUGGCUUUUCCCUCUUAUCCCGAUGGCGUUGUCAGAGCUCUGUCGGUUUUCGGGUAUGCCUUUUGCUGUGCACCGUUUCUGUGGGUUUCUUUUGUGAAGAUCACGUCGCAUCUUCAGGUUUUGAUUGACAAAGAGGUUUUGUUUCCGCGGUUGGGCGAUUCCGGAGUUGGUUCUGGUCUCAGCAAAUUGUAUUGA